AGAAGAGACCGCGGUCUGAAUUAGGGACUGGGAGGCGUCGAGCGGCGGAACAGUCCAUCACAGAGCUCUGCGUCAGCCCUCACGUCACUUCGCCAGCAGUAGCAGAGGCGGCGGCGGCGGCUCCCGGAAUUGGGUUGGAGCAGGAGUCUCGCUAGCUCCUUUGCUCGCGCUCUCCGCGCUCAGUGCCCAGCAGCAGGAGGAGCCUGGACCCAGGCGCCGCCAGCAGGCGGUAGGCGCCGGAGCCCCGCCCCGAGGUGAGUCCGGGAUUUCAGUGCGCGCCUAUCAAGGAGCCUGCAAUCCAGAGAGUCCGGGAGCGCCGCUGGCUGGUCCCCGGCGCGCCGGGCCAUGCUCCCGCGUCCGCGGCGGAGCUCCCAGUGGCGGUAGCGCCCCCUGUGAGGCGGCCAGAGAUGCCCCGGCCACUGUGAACGGUGCUGUCCACCAGGGCACCAUCAGCCCGGGACACGCUAGGCUCUACGGGCCUGCGACCAACAUCCAGUAGAGAGAGCAGCAAGCGCGGCAAAGACCGCCCAGCACCGGCAGGAGAGGCCUGCCGGUGCAGCGCAGGGACACGUACUCAGUGUGACUCCGGCUGGCACUGGCAGCUAGGGAUGUCGUCCUGGACGAGGUGGCAUGGACCCGCCAUGGCGCGCCUCUGGGUCUUCUGCUGGCUGGUUGUGGGCUUCUGGAGGGCUGCUCUCGCCUGUCCCACGUCCUGCAGAUGCAGCGCCUCUAGGAUCUGGUGCAGCGAUCCUAUUCCUGGCAUCAUGGCAUUUCCAAGGUUGGAGCCUAACACUGCAGACCCUGAGAACAUCACCGAAAUUUACAUUGCAAAUCAGAAAAGGUUAGAAAUCAUCAACGAAGAUGAUGUUGAAGCUUACGUGGGACUGAAAAAUCUGACGAUUGUGGAUUCUGGAUUAAAAUUUGUGGCUCAUAAAGCAUUUCUGAAAAACGGCAACUUGCAGCACAUCAACUUCACCCGAAAUAAACUGACAAGCUUGUCUAGGAAACAUUUCCGUCACCUGGACUUGUCUGAGCUGAUCUUGGUGGGCAAUCCAUUCGCGUGCUCCUGUGAUAUUAUGUGGAUCAAGACUCUUCAGGAGACUAAAUCCAGUCCAGAAACUCAGGAUUUGUACUGCCUAAAUGAAAGCAGCAAGAAUAUUCCCCUGGUGAACCUGCAGAUACCCAACUGUGGUUUGCCAUCAGCAAGUCUGGCCGCGCCUAACCUCACUGUGGAGGAAGGAAAGUCGAUCACAUUAUCCUGCAGUGUUGCGGGAGAUCCAGUUCCGAGUUUGUACUGGGAUGUCGGUAAUCUGGUUUCCAAACAUAUGAAUGAAACAAGCCACACACAGGGCUCCUUAAGGAUAACUAACAUUUCAUCUGAUGACAGUGGAAAGCAAAUCUCUUGUGUGGCAGAAAAUCUUGUAGGAGAAGAUCAAGAUUCUGUGAACCUCACUGUGCAUUUUGCUCCAACUAUCACAUUUCUCGAAUCUCCAACCUCAGACCACCACUGGUGCAUUCCAUUCACUGUGAAAGGCAACCCCAAACCAGCGCUUCAGUGGUUCUAUAACCGGGCAAUACUGAAUGAGUCCAAAUACAUCUGCACUAAAAUCCAUGUCACCAAUCACACGGAGUACCACGGCUGCCUCCAGCUGGAUAACCCCACUCACAUGAACAAUGGGGAUUACAAGUUAGUCGCCAAGAAUGAGUAUGGGAAGGAUGAGAAACAGAUUUCUGCUCACUUCAUGGGCUGGCCUGGUGAUGACGGUGCAGAUCCAAAUUAUCCCGACGUAAUUUAUGAAGAUUAUGGGACUGCGGCGAAUGACAUCGGGGAUACCACGAACAGAAGUAACGAAAUUCCUUCCACAGGUGUUGCAGACAAAACCGAUCGGGAGCAUCUCUCGGUCUAUGCUGUGGUGGUAAUUGCAUCUGUAGUGGGAUUUUGUCUGCUGGUAAUGCUGUUUCUGCUGAAGUUGGCAAGACACUCCAAGUUUGGCAUGAAAGGUUUUGUUUUGUUUCAUAAGAUUCCACUGGAUGGGUAGCUGAAAUAAAGGAAAAGACAGAGAAAGGGGCUGUGGUGCUUGUUGGUUGAUGCUGCCUUGUAAGCUGGACUCUUGGGACUGGCAUUGGCUCCUCCCGGGAAGUCUGCUUACCUGGGGUUUUCUGGUAGAGGUGGGCGGUGUUCGCAGGAGGCUCCGCAUGAAGCCUGCAGACCGUGCGCUGUGAUGGGGAACACCAGUGCUGAGGCAGCUCCCAGGCAGCUCCGCGGAGACGCAAGAAAACACCUUAAAUUAAUGCUUCUCUUUUGUUCCUACAAUCGUUCAAAUAUGGAAUUGACACGAAAUUCCACUGGCUUGUGCUUCUCUUCUGAAAGAUGUGCUGUUUGACCAUACUGGAAAUGUAUCUGAUGCUAUUGUUUCUGUUUAUUAAAGAUGAACUACAAAGUUAAAACACAUCUACAUGUAGAGACAGGUGGAAGUAAGUGCACACUAAACUGUAACCUCCACGUAACACGUGUUUCAGCAUCGUCUUCUGUCGUUGUUUAAUCAGUGCUGAACUGAGAACGUUUCCUUUUUCCAUCUACGCCGCGGCGGCUAAAAGAGCAUAUACAGCAUCGCAGUGGGGACGUGGUGAUGUCACGUGAGGUUCUUUCUUUCACUGAUGAUAAAAGUCCGGAGCCAGGCAAUCCACGCUAAUGAUUUCAAGUUUCCUUGAUGAUUUUUCUUAAAGGCAAACAAUAAGUAAAAGAAGCUGUUCGGUCGGGGCUGUGCAGGUAGGUUAGGCACAGUCAGCCUCUGAAUAACUAAAGGAGUGACAUAUAUGCAUAUGUCCUUUCAUUUGCCCUCUGCGACCCACCUGCUUUUUAGAAGUUUGUCGAGUGAUAAGGCCGCAGCAUCCCACACUGUUCCCAUCACAGAACCGCGGCUUUUCUUCUCUGAAAGGCCUGUGAGCAGAAUGGCUGGCCUGCUGGGAGCAGGAGCCGAUGCUGGACACAGGGUAGUCUCCCGACGACCUGCGGCACGGCUGCUGGCUUUCCACGGGCAGGUCGGCUCUUCCCGACCCCAGCAGUCCAGAGGUGGCAGGUCGCUAAUGAAUAUGUGCUUUAUCUUGUCCAGCUGCAUUGCUGGGAGGGCGGCCUUACAGCUCCAGAACCCUGUGUCCCUGCCUGAGUCUUACCGUGGACCUCCGUGUCACCGCUUGGCCAUGGCCGUGACCUUGGUACGCUCAGCUCAGCGUGCGCCAGGCAGGGUCUCCGUCAGAAGCCAGGUUGGCUGCCCCAGCCCACCUCACCUCACACCUUUCUUGUUAAAGGGACUUCAGAGCCAGGCCCGGAACAUGUCCAUUGAAAACACAAUCAGCUCUGUACAGCACAGGGAAUAUAGUUAAUAAUAUUGCCGUAACUAUGGUGUCGGGUGGGUACUGGAUAUAUCAGGGGAGCGCUUUGUAAAGUAUAUGAUUCUCUAACCACUAUGCUGCACAACAAAUACAAAAAAAAGUGAAAGUAAACAAACAAACAAAGAAAGAUGUGCAUAGAUGCCACAGCUGAAUUGGAAACUUAAUGACCUUUUUCAAAGAGAAUUUUUUUUUUUUUGAAACAGUUACACAGUUUUGCAGUUCAGCUUUAAGGAUGCGUAGAUUUUUAACUGGUCUAACAUGUUUGGAAAUGUUUUGAAUCCUGUGUAACCAAGGCUUUCAUCUUAAUAUACCAGGAUCCAUGCAGGCACCACUUGAUAUAAAAAGAUUAUCCAUGAUGGAUAUUUUAUGCUCCAUCUUUUACGUUAGCCACUAACUAGGGCAUUUCCUGAUGCGGACGUGUCACAGAGCCCUGUGGGUUACAGCAUUGGACCUGGCUGCUCCACGCCAGGCCUGGGAGGGGCAGUUUCUCCAAAGCGUAAACAGACUCCUCGUUUUCAAAAGUUUUUUUCCAGAAGGACAUUUGAGUGUGAGGGCAGCUGGCCCGUGGUGUGGGGAGGUCUGAAUGUUCCUGACUUUCCAUUUUCUGGCUUGCUGCUAAGUGACAGUUCCUGUCACGACUGAGAUUCUGAUCUUUCCCAAAGGUGUGGAUUUACAGAGAGGCCAGCUAAUUGCAGAAAUCCUGAACCCUGAAAGAAAAAGGAAAUUCAAACUGGAAACCAAGCAGGGGCUGUCAGGACGGCUCAGGUUCUUAAAUAUCGGCCAUUCGGUGCAUUUCUUUUCUUUUUUAAAAGCUUUUAUAUUAUUCCAUAGAGCUAUAAAAAGGCGAUGAAUUGUUUAAGGCCUAUUUUUAAAGUUUCCCAGACCCAAAAGAAAAAAAAAAAAAGGAUAUUUGUACUCAACAGCUAGAAGGAUGACAGGGUAGAUUUUUGUUUUUAAAUGGAGAGAAGUGGACAGAUAAGUCAAUUUACUUUAUCAGACCACAGCUGACAUCUCCUAGGGAACGAAGCAGGCUAUUAGAAAAUUGUGUCAGAUGGCUCUUGAGUUCUUUGCUUUUCAUUUUUUUUAAAUCCCUGAAGACCACAAUCAGACACAUAGCUCCUCCUGUCUAUACUCUAGACUAACCCCUUUCAUCCUUUUGCUUUUCAUGUCCUCUAUAAGAAAUCUUUUUCGGGAUCCUAAUGUAUUUCUGCAACAUUAGAAAAAGGCAGGCAGCAUUUUUGCUGAAAUGCAGUCUGUCGCCCGCCAGCAAGGAGCUGGCAUUUCAGUGCCAGGCGGGUCCCCUGCGGGCGCCCUGUGCCCUGGUGGCCCUUCCUGCCUCCCGGAAUGUGGACCCAGGAUUCCAAAUCUUCUGACUCUCUAAGAGGAACUUGAAACCUGGACUCUUGUGGGAAAUGUUCCUAUUUUUAAAAAGUUGACUCAGUUAUUUUUAAAACGUUAUGUAGGCCAACAAAACAUGUCUGUGGGCUGCCAGUGUGUUACUUUUGUCUUAAAGCAGGAUCCUCGUUCCCGCGCGGCUUCUUGCUGCCUUCCCUUUGCAAACGCGCUUCCCAGCAGGGCCACUGCGGCUCGGCCGCCGAAUCACCCCAGGGGUCUGCGGGCGGCACCUCUGGGGCUCUCCCUUUGGCCGCUGGGGCCCGGCUCUCUCUCCCUGCUGGGGACUCUCCUGCAGUGGUGUUUGACCUUCCUCCCUGGCUGGCCCCAGACCAUGUGGCCAGAGGCAGCCCAGUGAGUCCUUCCCGGCUUUGUCUGCUCGGCUCCUUGCCCAGUCUCCGAGCUGCCUGGCCUCCGGUGCAGCCGGGUUCAGGGGAAAGGGCGCGGCCCCCUUCCACGAGCGUCCUUAAGGUACCGAUAUGGGGCCAUUGAUAAACGGAGAACAGCUGUGUCCUUCUCGGCAGUCAUGGUUCAGGCCCUGUGUCUUGGCCCCACCAGCCCCUCCAAGGAGCUGAGAUGGACUAGGAGUCAUCACAGGAGGCAGCAGUCUGCAGCCAGCAAGGCGAAGGCCCCCAUCUCAGCAGGAAGAAGCCGUCCCCACACACUUUAAAGACAGUUCAGGGGUUGGCAUCCCUGUUCUCCAGCAGGGACCGCUUUCAUUUUUGACCGAUUGAAUGCUCUUUCCAAAAGUAAGGCGUAAAGAAGAGACUCAGAUGAUCCCAGACCCGCCCACCGCACAGACACACAAGUGUGCUUCGGACUCCGCUCUGCACGGGACCCGAGUCACACCCCGGUGCUGAGGGCUGGCCACUCCUCCUCGGACAGGCCGAGCUGCCAUUUUUCAACAGUUUGAGGAGCAAACAGCUCAAGGAGUUCAAGGCACGAAUUCAGUUCACUGCCAGGUGUGAGGCUCAGCAUGACGGAGGUGCUCCUGCUUGCUCGCCCCUCUUCCUGUUCUCUCUCUGCUUAAAACCCCCGGCACUCUCUCUGCC